UCUCUCUCUCUCUCUCUCAACACUCUCUGUUCCAGUGCUUGUUCCUCUGGUCCCCUGUUUUCCACCCCAGUAUCCUUAACUUCCGAAAAUGCCCCCACAAACUAGAAGAAUGGCGUUCCCAAAGGUGGUCAUUGAGAGAGAAACGGACUCUGAGCAAAGCUCAUCCGAAGAAGACGAAGCAGACGUAGAACAAGAGGAAGAGGAGGUGUUGGAGAGCGAAAAUGAAGGGAAAGUCGAAGAGGCUUUGGAUGAAAAGAAGAAAGGGAAAGCACCCAUUACGAUUAGUCUGAAGAAAGUUUGCAAAGUGUGCAAAAAGCCUGGACAUGAAGCUGGUUUCAAAGGGGCUACUUACAUUGAUUGCCCAAUGAAACCUUGCUUUCUUUGUAAAAUGCCUGGCCACACUACAGUGGCAUGCCCACACCGAGUGGCUACUGAGUAUGGGGUCGUCCCAGCACCCCAUAAAAGUACCCGGAACGCGUUGGAGUAUAUGUUUGAACGCCAGAUUAGACCUCGUGUUCCUCCAAUCAAGCCAGCAUAUGUAAUCCCAGAUCAAGUAAGUUGUGCGGUUAUCAGAUAUCACAGUAGACGGGUAACUAGCUUGGAGUUCCAUCCAACAAAAAAUAACAUUCUUUUAUCUGGGGAUAAGAAAGGACAACUUGGAGUCUGGGAUUUUGUCAAAGUACACGAAAAGAUUGUUUAUGGAAAUGUACACUCAUGUAUACUCAACAACAUGAAGUUUAAACCUGCAAGUGAUGACACAGUCUAUGCUGCAUCCUCAGAUGGAACUAUUAGUUGCACUGAUUUGGAGACUGGAAUUUCAGUAUCUCUGAUGAACCUUAACCCUGAUGGAUGGCAGGGGCGAAACAGCUGGAGGAUGCUUUAUGGCAUGGAUAUCAAUGCAGAAAAAGGUGCUGUGCUUGUUGCUGAUAACUUCGGUUUUCUGUACUUGGUUGAUACUCGCUCUAAUGACCCAACUGGGAAGCCAAUUUUGAUCCAUAAGAAAGGUAGCAAAGUUGUUGGACUCCACUGCAAUCCUGUUCAACCAGACCUUCUCCUGAGUUGCGGAAAUGAUCACUUUGCUCGAAUAUGGGACAUUCGUCGAAUCGAAGCUGGUUCUUCCAUUUAUGACCUUGCACACAGCCGUGUUGUUAACUCUGCAUAUUUUUCUCCAGUAUCUGGCAGCAAAAUUCUUAGCACUUCACAGGACAACCGUCUUCGUAUAUGGGACUCCAUAUUUGGCAAUAUGGAUUCACCAAGCCGAGAGAUUGUACACAGUCAUGACUUUAAUCGCCAUCUGACUGCUUUCAAAGCUGAAUGGGAUCCAAGGGACUCGUCAGAGUCCCUUGCAGUGGUUGGUCGUUAUAUAAGUGAGAACUAUGACGGAGCUGCCUUGCAUCCCAUUGAUUUUAUAGAUGUCAGCACAGGACAACUAGUUGCUGAGGUCAUGGAUCCAAACAUCACUACAAUCAGUCCAGUGAAUAAGCUACAUCCGCGUGAUGAUGUUUUGGCAUCUGGUAGUUCAAGGUCACUUUUCAUUUGGAAGCCGAAGGAGAAGUGCGAGCUGGUGGAACAGAAGGAUGAAGGGAAGAUUGUUAUUUGUGCUGGAGCUGAGAAGAAGCGGAACCGGAAGCUUGGGGACGGAAGUGAUGAUUCUGAUGAUGACAAGUUCUGCCCCAAGGGCAAGAAUUUAAAGUCCAAAAAAUCUGCUUUGAAAUCAAGUCAAUAUACUAUUAAGGUUAAACGCUGAUCUCACAAUAACGUAGUAUGAUAUCUAAUGGUGCAGAAAUUUUGUUUUUGAGGUGGUGUUGAGGUUUUUCAUCCGCCAAGCCUGUACAGAUAUACCAACGUGUUCACCCCCCUAGUGUUUCGUCGACAUAGCAUUACUAGUGUUUUAACAUCUCACUGCUUUUGUAAACACCUUAGAAGGUGAAUGCCUGAGAGAAUUUCUUUUGUCCAUGAAGGUCUUAUGUGACCCUCUCUCACGGUCAGGUGGAUCAUGUUUGCGGGUCCCACCUUACUGUGAGAGGGGGCCGUAGGACAUGUCCCAUGCAAGAUGUUUUCUUUCGGGAGGACCUACAAUAUAUAUUGUUGUAUUGUGUUGCUGCGCUA